UGGCGGCGGCGGCCUGGGGAGGCGGCGGCCUGGCUCGGCCUGGCGUGGCCUGUCAGGGCGCGGGCGGCGGCGGCUCCAGCACCAUGUCCCUGCAGUACGGGGCGGAGGAGACGCCCCUCGCCGGCAGUUAUGGCCCGGCGGACUCGUUCCCAAAGGACUUCGGCUGCGGCGUGGAGGAGGAAGAAGAGGAGGCGGCAGCCGCGGGCGGCGGGGUUGGGGCGCGGGCCGGCCGAGGCUGUGGCCCGGGCCGGGGGUGGGGGGGGGGCGCUGACAGCUCCAAGCCUAGGAUUCUGCUCGUGGGGCUCAGGCGCAGCGGCAAGUCCUCCAUCCAGAAGGUGGUGUUUCAUAAAAUGUCACCCAACGAGACCCUCUUUUUGGAAAGUACCAACAAGAUUUACAAAGAUGACAUUUCAAAUAGCUCCUUUGUGAAUUUCCAAAUAUGGGAUUUUCCUGGGCAAAUGGACUUUUUCGACCCUACUUUUGACUACGAGAUGAUCUUCAGGGGAACAGGAGCUUUGAUAUAUGACAUUGAUGCACAGGAUAACUACAUGGAGGCUUUAACAAGACUUCACAUUACUGUUUCUAAAGCCUACGAAGUUAACCCAGACGUGAAUUUUGAGGUUUUUAUUCACAAAGUUGAUGGUCUGUCUGAUGAUCACAAAAUAGAAACACAGAUGGACAUUCAUCAAAGGGCCAAUGACGACCUUGCAGAUGCUGGGCUAGAAAAACUCCACCUUAGCUUUUAUUGGACUAGUAUCUAUGACCAUUCAAUAUUUGAAGCCUUUAGUAAGGUGGUGCAGAAACUUAUCCCACAACUACCGACCUUGGAAAAUCUAUUAAAUAUCUUUAUAUCAAAUUCAGGUAUUGAAAAAGCUUUUCUCUUCGAUGCCGUCAGCAAAAUCUACAUUGCAACAGACAGUUCUCCUGUGGAUACGCAGUCGUAUGAACUGUGCUGUGACAUGAUUGAUGUUGUAAUUGAUGUGUCUUGUAUAUAUGGGUUAAAGGAAGAUGGAAGUGGAAGUGCUUAUGACAAAGAAUCUAUGGCCAUCAUCAAGCUGAAUAACACAACGGUCCUGUAUUUAAAGGAGGUGACUAAAUUUUUGGCACUGGUCUGCAUCCUUAGGGAAGAAAGUUUUGAACGAAAAGGUUUAAUAGACUACAACUUCCAUUGUUUCCGAAAAGCUAUUCAUGAGGUUUUUGAGGUGGGUGUGACUUCUCACAGGAGCUGUGGUCACCAGACCAGUGCCCCCAGCCUGAAAGCGUUGACACACAAUGGCACGCCGCGAAAUGCCAUCUAGCCUGAAUGCCGGUGGUCGGGGUCUGUGCCAGCUUAUUCUUCACUCCAGGGUCAGAUGCCACGUGCUACAGGACAUGGAAGUUGCCGCUUGUGGGAAUCUGGUGCCUGUUGCACUAGAGACAAGGGGUAGAGUUUCUCAUUUGGAUGAAAACCCCUUCAACCAGUGGUGUGCAACUGAAGCUACUAUUUCUUUUUUUU